AUGUCCCAGCUUUAUUCCUUCAAGGCUGUAGAAGAUUCCUUUCAGCAACCAAAUAAUAAUGCUUCAGAGACGACUUCCUUCAUGUCCUUUCAACAACUUUAUUCCUUCAAGGCUGUAGAAGAUUCCUUUCAGCAACCAAAUGGUAAUGCUUCAGAGACGACUUCAUGUCCCAGCUUUUAUUCCUUCAAGGCUGUAGAAGAUUCCUUUCAGCAACAAAUGGUAAUGCUUCAGAGACGACUUCAUGUCCCAACUUUAUUCCUUCAAGGCUGUUCAGGCUGUAAAGAUUCCUUUCAGCAACCAAAUAAUAAUGCUUCAGAGACGACUUCAUGUUCCUUCAAGGCUUUAUUCUUCAAGACGGUCCCAGCUGUAGAAGAUUCCUUUCAGCAACCAAAUAAUAAUGCUUCAGAGACGACUUCAUGUCCCAGCUUUAUUCCUUCAAGGCUGUUUCCUUUCAGCAACCAAAUGGUAAUGCCUUCAAGGGCUGUAGAAGAUUCCUUUCAGCAACCAAAUAAUAAUGCUUCAGAGACGACUUCAUGUCCUUCAGCUUUAGCAACCAAAUUCUUCAGAGACGACUUCAAGGUUGUAGAAGAUUCCUUUCAGCAACCAAAUAAUAAUGCUUCAGAGACGACUUCAUGUUCCAGCUUUAUUCCUUCAAGGCUGUAG